AUGGAAAACAAUUUUCAGUUGCUGGAUAAUAUACAAGUUGACACUCAAAAUACAUCGUAUGAUUAUGACUCUGUAAUGCAUUAUGAACGUACGGCAUUUUCUAAAAAUGGCUCAGCAACAAUAGAAGCACUUCAAGCAAAUGUUAAGAUCGGACAGCGUCUUUAUUUAAGUGCAACUGAUAUUCAAGAAGUUCAACGUUACUAUAAUUGUACAGCGAGUGGAACCACAUUGCCAUCAACUACGACAACUAUUACACCUACAACAAGUAAAUGA